AUGGUGACAAAGUUCUACCAGCACAUCCUGGCCUUGGCAUUUGCCAUAAAUAUGAUCAACAAGAAUCCCAAGAUCUUGCCCAAUGUGACUCUUGGCUUCCACAUCUGUGACAGCUACUACGAUGCAAAGCUGACCUACCGUAGCACUCUGGAAAUACUCUUCAAUUCACAUAGAUUUGUCCCCAACUAUAUAUGUGGAACCCAGAAAAAACUAACAGCUGUUAUUGGGGGACUUGUCUCAGAUGUUUCCUUUCACAUAGCUGACUUUUUAGGUCUCUACAAGAUUCCACAGCUCCACCCAUUUCUUCAAGGCAUUUUGUUUAACAACUCAGCUGGAAAAAAAGUGUCUUUUAAUGACCAUGGGGAAUUUGUAGCCAGAUUUGACAUCAUAAACAUGGUCAUAUUCCCAAACAAUUCCUUCCUUAAAAUAGAAGUUGGAAAAGUGGUUCCUGAUGCACUGGAAGGCGACCAAUUCUUCAUUGAUGAGGAUAUCAUUGUGUGGCACAGGAACUUUAACCAGGUGGUUCCCAUUUCUGUAUGCACUGCCUCUUGCCUCGUUGGACAUCAGAAGAAAAAAAAGGAAGAUAUGAAGUUCUGUUGCUUUGAUUGUGAUCAAUGCCCAGAAGGGAAGGUUUCAAACCAAACAAACAUGGAUGAUUGCUUCAAAUGCCCAGAAGAUCAAUAUCCAAACACAGAUAGAGAUAGAUGUAUCCCCAAAGUGAUAACAUUUCUGUAUUAUGAAGAAUCUUUGGGGAUCAGUUUUACUUCAGCCUCUGUGUUAUUUUCGCUCAUCACGGCUUUGGUGCUCAGAACUUUUAUUAAGAACAAAGAUACCCCCAUUGUCAAAGCCAACAACAGGGACCUCACCUACACUCUCCUCAUCUCCCUCCUGCUCUGUUUCCUCUGUUCUUUCUUCUUUCUUGGCCAACCCAGGAAGGUGACCUGCUUUCUACGACAAUCUGCUUUCGGCAUCAUCUUCUCUGUAGCUGUUUCUUGUGUGUUGGCCAAAACCAUCACUGUGGUUGUUGCUUUCAUGGCCACCAAACCAGGGUCCAGCAUGAGGAAGUGGGUGGGGAAAGGUCUAUCCACCUCCAUUGUCCUUUCCUGCUCCUUGAUUCAAACAGGUAUUUGUGUGGUAUGGCUAGGAACAUCUCCUCCAUUCCCAGAUUUGGACAAGCAUUCUGUAACUGGACAGAUCAUAGUGGAAUGCAAUGAAGGCUCUGUCAUCAUGUUUUAUCUUGUCUUGGGCUACAUGGGACUUCUGGCCAUCAUCAGCUUCACCGUGGCAUUCCUGGCCAGGAAGUUGCCGGACACUUUCAAUGAAGCCAAAUUCAUCACUUUCAGUAUGCUGAUGUUUUGCAGUGUUUGGUUAACUUUUGUCCCAACUUACCUGAGCACCAAAGGGAAAUACAUGGUGGCUGUGGAGAUCUUCUCCAUUUUAGCCUCCAGCGCUGGGUUACUGGGCUGUAUCUUUCUCCCUAAAUGUUACAUUAUUGUCUUGAGGCCUGACCUUAACAACAGGGAGCAGCUAAUAAGGAGAAAGAAUUAG